GAACUGGGAAAAGCGAGGAAAGAAGACAGAACCUGGGCUGAGAGAAGGCGGGGGAGGAAAGCGAGGGGGGAAACAAGAACCUAGGCAGGGGAAGGAACUGGGAGCCAGGGCUGGGAACGCCGAGGCGGGUGUGAGCUCGGCCUGGCACACACAGGCGUUCUGUUUGUGUAGCUUUUUGUGCCUGGUCUUGUGUGUGUGUGUGUGUGUGUGUGUGUGUGGAACGUGUGUUACUUUGUGGAACGUUAUGGAACCUAUUGUUUGUGAAAGUGAGAGGGUCUCUGCGUGUGUCUAAUUUUUAAAUUAGGUGCGAGUAGAUUUGUGUUUGAGACUGUAUGCGACUUUGGAGAGGCAACAGUAAGGGGUUUGUGAGUAAAAUUUUGCAGCUUUGUGUAGAAUUAUGUAAUGGGCUCUGAGAGAUUAUGCAUGAAUUGUGUCUAUGGGAUUGGGAUUGUGUAGUGGAUGAUAUAACUGUGAAUAUGUCAAAUUUUGAAGUAUUUGUGCACACAAGUAAUUGCACAAUUCACGGUGACUAGGAAUGUGUCAGGCUCGUUGUGUGACUGAGAUGGAGCAUUUGAGAUUGAGCAUUUGAGAAAGUAGAUGCAAGACUAGUUAAGUACUAUGUAUUGUUUAUAUUGUCUGAAUAUUGUCCAUUUUAUAUGCCUGUAGAAUUUGACUCUGGCAAUUAGACAAGUAGAAAAAAAAUAAGAGAUUUUAAAAUUAAAAUAAUUUUCAGAUGGAACAGUUGUAUAUUGUGAAACCCCAUAUUGACUAAUGACCAGUAUGUUGACAUAAGUAGAACAUCAUUAGGAGAACACAAAAAACUUUCUCCCAUAACUGCUACUCUCAGAAUUUCUAUUUGGGUGAAUUCCUGGACAGUAAAGUUUCAAUAAUUUCUUCAGUCAUUAUGAAGAUAAAAAAUCUGUUGAACAUUUAAACACAAGAUCAGUCUCAUUUAGCUGAAUAAAGUAUUCACUGUAGAAAUCAAUACUUCUAUUUUUUUUUAAUUUAAUUUUAUUUAUUUUUUAAAAUAAAUUUAUUUAUUUUUGGCUGCAUUGGGUCUUCGUCGCUGUGUGUGGGCUUUCUCUAGUUGCGGCGAGCGGGGGCUACUCUUCGUUGCGGUGCGCGGGCUUCUCAUUGUGGUGGCUUCUCUGUUGCAGAGCACGGGCUCUAGGCACAUGGGCAUCAGUAGCUGUGGCACGCCAGCUCAGUCGUGGCGCUAGAGCUUAGUAGCUCUGCGGCAUGUGGGAUCUUCCUGGACCAGGGCUCAAACCUGUGUCCCCUGCAUUGGCAGAUUGAUAGUCUGCAGCUGGAAUGGAUUGGGAGCUGGAAAAGAAAAGUCAGGGACAAGAAGAGGCUAACAUGACUGGUACCGUUAUAAUUUAGUGAACCGCCCCUUUUCUAAAGAGGAGCCCAAAGGAAGACUGGUCAUCUCUUGCAGAUCUCAAAACCAUGGCUCAGGGAUCAGUGUCAUUCAAAGAUGUGACUGUGGACUUUAGUCAGGAGGAGUGGCAGCACCUGGAUCCUGCUCAGAAGAUGCUAUACAUGGAUGUGAUGUUGGAAAACUAUUGCCACCUCGUUUCUGUGGGGUGUCACAUGACCAAGCCUGACGUGAUCCUCAAGUUGGAACGAGGAGAAGAGCCAUGGACAUCAUUUACAGGUCAUACCUGUUUAGAAGAAAAGUGGAAAGCUGAAGACUUUUUAGUGAAAUUCAAGGAACAACAAGAUAAAUUUUCUAGAUCAGUUGUAUUAAUCAACCACAAAAAACUGAUUAAGGAGAACAGUAGUGCAUAUGAAAAGACAUUUACUUUAAGCAAAAACCCUAUUAAUUCAAAAAACCUACCUCCUGAAUAUGACACUCAUGGAAAGAUUUUUAAAAAUGUUUCAGAAUUAAUCAUCAGUAAUCUAAGUCCUACAAGAAAGAGACUUAGUGAGCAUAAUAGAUAUGGGAAAUCACUCCUCAAUACUAAGCCAGAGACAGCUCACUCUGGAGGCAAAUCCCAUAAUCAGUGUGGUAGGACUGUCAGUCAUAAUGAAAUGAUUAUGCAAUAUCAUGAGAUAGAAACUUCAGCACAGUCAUUUGGAUAUAAUGACUGUGAGAAAUCCUUCCUUAAAAAAGGAGGCCUAAUUACACAUAAUAGAGCUUACAGAAGGGAAAAACCAUCUGAAUAUAAUAAAAGGAGAAGAACAACCAAUAUUGAAAAAAAGCAUAUAUGCACUGAAUGUGGGAAGUCCUUCUGCAGGAAAUCAGUAUUGAUUCUGCAUCAGGGAAUUCACACAGAGGAAAAACCCUACCAAUGUCAUCAAUGUGGAAAUUCAUUUAGAAGGAAAUCAUAUCUCAUUGAUCAUCAGAGAACUCACACUGGAGAGAAACCCUUUGUUUGUAAUGAAUGUGGUAAGUCCUUCCGCCUAAAGACAGCCCUCACUGAUCAUCAGAGAACACAUACAGGGGAGAAAUCAUAUGAAUGUCCACAAUGUAGGAAUGCUUUCAGAUUGAAGUCACACCUCAUUCGUCAUCAGAGAACUCACACAGGAGAGAAACCAUAUGAGUGUAAUGACUGUGGGAAGUCUUUCCGCCAGAAGACAACACUCUCCCUACAUCAGAGAAUUCAUACAGGAGAGAAACCCUAUAUUUGUAAAGAAUGUGGGAAGUCCUUUCACCAGAAGGCAAAUCUUACUGUACAUCAGAGAACUCAUACAGGGGAAAAGCCCUAUAUUUGUAAUGAAUGUGGGAAAUCCUUCUCUCAGAAGACAACCCUCGCUCUUCAUGAGAAGACUCAUAAUGAAGACAAACCUUAUAUUUGUAAUGAGUGUGGAAAAUCCUUCCGCCAGAAGACAACCCUUGUGGCACAUCAGAGAACACAUACAGGGGAAAAAUCCUAUGAAUGUCCUCACUGUGGGAAGGCUUUUAGAAUGAAGUCAUACCUCAUUGAUCAUCACAGAACUCACACAGGAGAGAAACCAUAUGAAUGUAAUGAAUGUGGGAAAUCCUUCAGUCAGAAGACAAAUCUCAAUCUACAUCAGAGAAUUCAUACAGGAGAGAAACCCUAUAUUUGUAAUGAGUGUGGGAAGUCUUUUCGCCAGAAAGCAACCCUCACUGUACAUCAGAAAAUACAUACAGGGCAGAAAUCCUAUGAAUGCCCUCAGUGUGGGAAAGCCUUUAGCAGGAAGUCAUAUCUCAUUCAUCAUCAAAGAACUCAUACAGGAGAGAAACCAUACAAGUGUAAUGAAUGUGGGAAGUGCUUCCGCCAGAAGACAAAUCUCAUUGUACAUCAGAGAACUCAUACAGGGGAGAAGCCUUAUAUUUGUAAUGAGUGUGGUAAGUCCUUCAGUUAUAAGAGAAACCUUAUUGUCCAUCAAAGAACUCACAAGGGAGAAAACAUGGUAAUGCAGUAAUAAAUGAUGUGAUUUCUUUGUGAAGCCUUUCUAAGUUAUUGUAAAACUUUAGUUUUUUAAAAAAGCAUGCUUAACAUGUGAAUAAGGUAACUUUAAUCACAAAUGUAAUAAUAAUUAUUAACUUAAUGUACUAUACCACAUAACUAUUUAUCUACUGUUUACUAGCAUAUGAAAUGGAUAUGAUCAUUGAUAUUGAACUCUUAUCAGCAAUGAAGCUAAUUUUUUACGUUUUCAUGUUCUCCUGCUGACUCAGUUUAUUUUUUUUAAUUCUUAUAUAAUACAUGCAGAAGCAAGAUACAAAGUGGUUUUAAGUAUCAGUCUCCAUAAGAGGAAGAAAUUAUGAAGUAUAUUUCUCAUUGCACUCUGCGGAAUAAAAGUUAGUUGUUACUUCCCCAAAGAUUACCACUUCCCUGGCUUUUAACAUGAAAUAGUUUUUGCAUGUCUUUAAACUUUAUAUUUUAUUAUACAUUACAAAUUUUUUGUCUUGUUUCACUCAACAUUUUAAAGAUUCAUACAUUAUUGCAUGUGGCAGUAGUGUAUUCAUUUUCAUUCUGUAUACUCUUCCAUUUUAAGAAUAUACUGCUAUUUAUCUAUCCUCUUGAUGGAUAUUUGUAUUUUUUAUAAUUUUGUAUUGUAGUAAAAAUACUACUAUAAAUAUUCUUGUA